UUGUCAGCCUUCGCACGCUUCGGAAAUUGUCGCCUCUUCGCCAUGGACCGUACGACUCCCAAGUCUCACAUGCAGGAGCACCUGCGGGGUGAAGAGGACAGCGAAGGACUCAAGAUCUAUGAGGUCCAAAGCGGCCCAUCACGAGCAGACACAAAGAUCGCAGUCACGCUUCGAAAUUUUUCUUCGAGCUACAACGUUGGUGACAAGGUCAAAGGAACAGUUGGUUCCAUGCACCUGCGCGCUGUCCACUUCGACAUCGGAAUGAUCAGGAGUGCGACCGCCACGCGCUCCACAUUGUCGAAGGAUUACGUGAAAGAUGAGGAGGUGGAGCUGCGAAUCACAGAGAUCAACGGUGACGAGGUGACGGUGACGGACGAUCUUCACCAACUAGCGGCUGGCCAGAGAGUCACAGGCACGGUGACAGCUGUGACCGAAGGGUACGGCGUCUCAUUCAACAUUGGGGGGCACGAGGCCUUUUGUCCACCUAAUCAGCUGGGGAAGCCGCUGCACCUGUACCAGGAAGGAGAAACUGUUGAGGGUUUGCGCAUUCGCGAUAUUUACCUCGAUCAUAUAGAGGUCACGAUGCGACCUUUGACGUCUGACGCCAAGGUGGGCCAAAAGGUCAAAGGAUUUGUGACUACGCGGCACACGGGUAACGUAUGCUUCGAUGCCGGCUUUAGCGUCGAUGUCAUGGCCCCUCGCGAUUCGCUUCGCAAACCAAUUGAAGAAUACCAAGAACAAGACGUCUACGAACUUGUGGUGACAGAUGUUCGAGGACACUAUGUGCUGGUUUCCGACAAGCCGCCGCAGGAAAUUGCCAUGUCUGUGCGUGGCAACUCCCUGAAAGGGAAGGCGAAGGUUGUGAAAGUGGCAGCCAGUGGCCUUUUUCUGAGCAUCGUUUCCUGCAAAGGAUUGGGUACUCUUGGAACGAGCAUCAUGAAGGAGCACCAGCCGGGUGAAGAGGUGAGUCGCAAAAUGGGUGCAUGUUCCAAGGGCGUUGGCUCAAAGAGCGAGCCAUUUUGGCUCAAGCUGAGCCGCAUUGCUCAAAAUCAGGGUUCGUCCCAGCUAGGUGUGCCGAGUUUUUUGCUGGUAUCACAGGUUGGUCACAGGCUCUCGAAGCUUUUGGUGUUGAGUGCGACCGCCACGCGCUCCACAUUGUCGAAGGAUUACGUGAAAGAUGUGGAGGUGGAGCUGCGAAUCACAGAGAUCAACGGUGACGAGGUGACGGUGACGGACGAUCUUCACCAACUAGCGGCUGGCCAGAGAGUCACAGGCACGGUGACAGCUGUGACCGAAGGGUACGGCGUCUCAUUCAACAUUGGGGGGCACGAGGCCUUUUGUCCACCUAAUCAGCUGGGGAAGCCGCUGCACCUGUACCAGGAAGGAGAAACUGUUGAGGGUUUGCGCAUUCGCGAUAUUUACCUCGAUCAUAUAGAGGUCACGAUGCGACCUUUGACGUCUGACGCCAAGGUGGGCCAAAAGGUCAAAGGAUUUGUGACUACUACGCGGCACACGGGUAACGUAUGCUUCGAUGCCGGCUUCAGCGUCGAUGUCAUGGCCCCUCGCGAUUCGCUUCGCAAACCAAUUGAAGAAUACCAAGAACAAGACGUCUACGAACUUGUGGUGACAGAUGUUCGAGGACACUAUGUGCUGGUUUCCGACAAGCCGCCGCAGGAAAUUGCCAUGUCUGUGCGUGGCAACUCCCUGAAAGGGAAGGCGAAGGUUGUGAAAGUGGCAGCCAGUGGCCUUUUUCUGAGCAUCGCUUCCUGCAAAGGUUGGUCACAGGCUCUCGAAGCUUUUGGUGUUGAGCCUGUGGUGCUGGUUGAGCAAGACACAUGCGUUGCCAAUGCAUGUAUUUCCAAGAGCGCCGAUUAUCAAAAGUUGUUGACCACUGCAGCACUGGAUGGAAUGCGGUUUUUGUGUGCAGGUGUACAUAGCUGUGCUCGUGUGCUUCCGUUGUACAGGGGCCGCUGGCUUGCAUCCUUUUGCCAUUCCUCCGUGUACAUAGAUUCCGAUGACAUGACAUCUGCCGGCCUGAUUUCUUUGUCUGCCGAUGCCGUAGGUGCCGCUCUGCCUGGUCCAUGUCUCAAAGCAUCCGAUGCCGUGCAUCCGCCAAGUUCCAAGUUUGACCGGUCUGUCCUUGUCCCAGGUGAUGAGGUCUUUGCCAUGUUGAAUAGGAGUGACUUGGAUCCCAAAUGGAUGGCAAGUAAGAUUAACUGGUCCAUGCAGAAUCCUGUCAUCAAUGCUCGGAUCAUCACUAGUGACAUGAAGUUGGUUGGAGUCGUGGCUCAGUAUGGAUCGCAGCACCUCUUGCCGAUUGACCACUUGAAGGCCAAAGGGCUUCAGACCAUGUUGUACGAGGAUGAAGGUUCAUUGAGGUUUUUUGACCCAUGGGAAAUUCUUGCAGCCUUGGGAUUUUCACCGAGCGUUGUCAUCUCGGGGAAUCUCAAAGAGGCAUAUCACCAGGUUGGAAACGCCAUCAGUCCAGUUCAUGCAUGGAUCCAGAUCGCCAAGACACACACUCUGCUUGGAAAGAUGACAAUGCUGCCUGUUGCAUGUGAUGUUAUCCAGACGCUUCAGAAAAUUCUGGAUAGAGCCAUCAAGCUUUCGGCCUUCACUCCAGUCUUGCGGGGUGACUUUGCCAUCUUGGGAGGUAUCAUGUUUUUCAAACAUGCCAUGAGAAAUUGGAUGAUGAUUGUGCAUGGUGCCGUUGACGAGAAACUUGCAGUUUUGAUCACCAGUGCAGAAGAGGUUGUCAGGUAUGUUGCAUACCAUCCGUUGAUGAAAGUCGUUCGAACGGCCAUUGUCUCAACCAAGUCCACCUUCGGAGAUGUUGUUCGAACAUUGUUCCCUGAUGUGGCCAACAUGAUUGCUUGUGUAAGAGUUGACAAUGUGGUGGUCUUGUGGGGUGAUUGCAUCGCCAUCUGCAACUGCAUGGAGAUUGAAUGGAAUGAUCACAUGAGUAGCAAGCUGACCGAGUCCCAAGACCUCAAAGCCUAUGAGGAUUUGACCCUAAUGCAGUGUGCUGCAUCCUUUGUAGCCCAUACGAAAUUGGACAUCAAUUUGACUUGCCAUGUCAACGGAAAAGUUCUUGACCCUUCCACGGCCUUGGUUGAUGUGUCCACCAGUGAAGUGAUCUCCUUCAAGUUUGCCCCUUUGCAAGGUGGGGCCAAAAAGGGAGCGCAUGAUGUUGUGAAAACAAGGGUCGCCAAGAUCUUAGAAACGCAUGGUAUACCAGGAGAUGCGUGUAGUGAGCGUGCAGCUGCCUUUAUGCAGAAAGCAGAUGUUGAAACCAUUGCAAAAUGUGAAGCCAGUGAUGAUGAUGCUUUUUGGAAAGCGGCGAAAGCUGAAGCCAACAGAGUACAUUUCCGUUUGGUUUUCCGUGCUGAGAUGCAAGCACUCAAAAGAGAUGGACGCAAGAAGCCAGCCGACAAACCUUUCAAGAAACCUAGGUUGGAACAUAUGGCUGAUUUUGUCACGUCAGCUGCCAGUGUUGUUGUUGACAUGCGACAUUUUUGGAAUGGUGACGUGAAUGUGGAAAAGAUUGACAGCUCUCGUUUUGGUCCAGACCAGGCAGGUGUUGCGGUGAUGAGUCUUGUUGAGGCUGAGAGACAUUUGGCUGGCCAGUCGAUUUCCAUGGAAGGCCUUGCCAUUUUAGUUGUUGAUCGGAAGUUCUCAACCCAUGAUGCGCCAUUUGCAAUGCCAGCUCACACCGUGCAAGGAGAGCCAAUCAUCAUCCAAGCUGCCUUACGGCAGUUUGGAGAUCAGCCGGUUGUGUUUAAACCAGCAGUGCCUGACACACAGGUUGGUAGCUCAGCUUCAACGGUCGUUGAACUCCACAUCGUUCGAACAGAAGUCAGUGCAUGGAAGGACUGCAGUGUACCUCUCCACUAUCUUGGAGUUCAUAUUUCAGCAGUGAGAGGAUCGAACUUGAUUGCCACUUGGUCCAUGAAGACUUGGAAGGACAACCGUCAGCCAUCCCCCUUCAAGGAUGCCGACUACUGGCAUGGUUUCAUCAGAGUAUCAGAUGAGAUUCUGGAUCAAGUACUGUUUCGUUCAGGAUAUGCAGGAAUCUAUGUGUCAGCCAAAGAUGCCAACAAGCGACAUGACGAACGCUUUGCAGUGAUUGCAGUGCCCAAUUGCAGUCUUCAAGAGGUUCAAAAGAAAGCUGGAGUGCAGGACAAGGCGCUGGGCAUUGUGAAGUUGCGUGAUCAGUUUGGCAUCCGUUGCCGACGGGAGCAUGCUGCAGCACUCAGGGCCACCCUUUUGCCUGAGUCGGCUUUUGUUGCAUCUGAUGGAAUUGAUGUUGAUGACAAAAUUUGGGUGUUGAAGCACAUUCCACAUGAGGUUGGAAAGGAAGGUCUGCAGACUGCCCUGACCCAAGCUGAGUGGGAUGCGCAUCCCAGUCGUGCGCAAGGCCAAGACAGAUGGCUUGUUGCAGCAAAGUCGGACCCCCCAACGAGACAUUUUUGCAUCAAUGGAUCUGAUGCGUUGAUUGAACCAAUACGCCGUCACAGAGACCAAAACUCAGUGACCAUCACUGCCAGGCAAGUCAAUGUUGACACAGUUGUCACUGCAGUCCCUGAAGGUGUCCAGGUUGCAUCAUCCACCCGUAUCCAAGAAGUGCGUGCAGAGAUGUCGGACCAGAUGGAACAGAAGAUGCAAGCAGCCAAUGCGAAAAUUUCUCAGUUGACUCAUGUGCUGGAACAGUUCCAGAAUACCCAAAUGCAAAACAGAAAAUCAGUGAAGUUGAAGCCAGUGUUGUCCAAUCUGGUCAGACUGUUCCAAGAUGGAAAGCCCUACAAAGAGCAGGCUGGAUUGAUGCUGCACUGUUUGAUGCUGAUCGCCGGGGUUCAGAGAUUUCAGCGUGAGUGCAGAGUCUUGAAGGAUGUCAAAGUUGGUGGGCCCAAUGCCUACAGGUCUGUGCGGGAUCUUGCUGCGCCGCCAUUUGGUGCUAUCGAACGUGAACUCUCAGUUCAGGUCAUCCGACAGAGAUGGCCAAAAGAGGGUAGGCAAUCCUUGAAGCUUGUGCAGCCGGCACAUGAUUUCGACUUUCAAUAUCCUGUGCACUUUCAGGGGCAAGAGUGCUUUGUAGUUAGGAUUGAAGGAUGCCAAGUUGAGCUUGAUCGAAAGGUCAAAUGGAAAGAACCUGAUGGCAUGUGCCUCACUCAGAGGCAGAUCAUUGCUGAUCGCCAUGAAAUGCAAAGGGCAACAGGUGAUGCGUGGUCAACUUUGUGGCAACGCGAUCCAGAUGAGGAUUGCGAUGAAAAUUGGCCAGAAGCAUUUUCGCCUUUACAGCACAUGCCAUCUUUUCCUCCUUUGACAUUUAAAUCACUGACCUGCAACGAAUGGAGACGUCAUGCAAAGAGUGUUGGAAAACGUAGUGCCAGGGGAUGCUGUGCUUUCACGCCGAGGGAGUUACUCCUGAUGCCAGACUCUGUUUUGAUGUGGUUGUUGGAGAUAUUGGAUGCCAUUGAGCAUGGCCGCUUCAAGUGGCCGAAAUGCCUGAUGUAUCGGUCCCUUGAGAUCAUCGAUCAUGUCAAAGCCUUCCUUGCUCCACAAGUGGCGGGUGCCAUUUCGGGUGUUUCUGCAGAUCUCAUGGCUGCCUCGGUUUUGCUUGAAGUUGCUCACUUUCUUCCUGACGCUGACACCCUUGCAGAUGAAGGGAAAGAUGGAUGGAUGGCGGUCAUGAAUGAUGAGGAGAUUCGUUUUAUUUGCAAGUCCGGUCCAACAUUUCACGGUAAAGACGCACCA